UUGUCCGUCACCCGGGCUUUGUCUGCUCACCUGGCCGUGGGCGCGUCCCGGCCGCUGCAGCCCGGAGCGCGGUGCUAGCUGUUGCAGCUGCUGCCGUCGCCGCCGCCAUGGUUUCCCCAGUCACUGUGGUGAAGAGUGAGGGACCCAAGCUGGUGCCCUUCUUCAAGGCCACCUGCGUGUAUUUUGUGCUCUGGCUGCCCUCGUCCAGUCCAUCGUGGGUCAGCGCCCUCAUCAAGUGCCUGCCCAUCUUCUGCCUCUGGCUCUUCCUUCUGGCCCACGGCCUAGGAUUCCUGCUCACCCACCCCAGUGCCACCCGCAUCUUUGUGGGGCUCAUCUUCUCUGCUAUAGGUGAUGCCUUCCUCAUCUGGCAGGACCAGGGCUACUUUGUGCACGGCCUGCUGAUGUUUGCAGUGACCCACAUGCUGUACGCCUCAGCCUUUGGCAUGCAGCCACUGGCUCUUCGGACAGGUCUGGUUAUGGCAGUGCUGUCAGGCCUGUGCUAUGCCCUCCUGUACCCCGGCCUCUCAGGUGCCUUCACCUACCUGGUGGGGAUCUAUGUGGCCCUUAUCAGCUUCAUGGGCUGGCGGGCUGUAGCAGGGCUAAAGCUGGUUGGGGCAGCCUGGCGCUGGACAGAGCUGGCGGCGGGAAGUGGAGCGCUGCUUUUCAUCGUCUCUGACCUGACCCUCGCCCUCAACAAGUUCUGCUUCCCUGUGCCCUAUUCACGGGCGCUCAUCAUGUCCACCUACUAUGCUGCCCAGAUGCUCAUCGCCCUGUCCGCUGUCGAGAGCCGAGAGCCAGUAGAAGACUACAGACUGAGCAAGGCCAACUGAGCAGCCGGGAUCUGGUCACUCCUCUCUCCUGGGGCUGGGGUCCCCGAAACCUGGGAAUCUAUAGGGGCUGGAGCAGGAUAGAUAGAGGCAUCCUCGGGCAUCAGACAUGGCCUGGGAAAUGUCUAAGUUCAAAGGGGCAAACAGGAUCUCUCCGGCAAGUCUGGGGUUCAAGACAAGGCUGAGAGCUAACAAGAGCCAGCCUAGAGCUCCUUGUUGGAGCAAGAAGUACUUACCUCCCUCCCGCUGCCCUAUCAGGACUGUCCAAGCCCUUCUGAAGGGUGAUGGUGCUCAGGCUGACCUCCCCCUGCUUCUACUAAAUGGAAAAGUCCUACUCACCCACUCUUUCUGAGCUAAGCAGAGUGGAGGGAAGAGGCGAGAAGUCUGUGUUGAGAUGAGUCAGGUCCAAGGCUUGAAGCCCCUUUCACAGGCCCUUAGAUGGGAAGGUUUGAUGAGGGUGGAGACUCCCUUUCCCUCAUCCAUCCUUGUUACUUGAACAGUCAAUUUCUCAGUGGUGGGUGGGAAGGUAAAAGAAGGGUAUCUGUCCAGAUACGUAAGAGAAGGGGAUUUCUUUGGUCUGGGAGCUGGGGUACCAAGAAUUCAAACUGGUCCCAAAGGUCAUCCCAGAGCUCAGGCCCCACACCACCACACCCUGAGGCCCUAUUCCCUGGGAUAGGGUGAAUUAUGCCAAAGGAAGGGGCCAACUUUGUGUGAGUGUGAGAGAGAGAGAGAGAGAAAAAAAGAGUGAGAGAGUGUGUGUGUGUGUUUGUGUAGUCUGUGUUCCAGCUUAUCUGUGUCUUUCUUUGCCAUCUGUCUGUCCUGCUGCUUGUCAAAGCCUUAUGGGGAGAGGGACUCAGGGAGCUGCUGAAGGGAUGUGAGCCUGGCUCAGGGAGCUGUCUCCUCCUUCCCCCAGUGCUUUUCUCCCAGCACCCUCCUGAACUGGGAGCUAGAGGGAGGGAGCGCCAAUGAUACUCUAGGGUCAUAAGGCCCGAGGCACAUUCAAUGCAAGGGGAUCCAGGAUGGAGCUACUCCAUCCUUCACUUCUCAUGAGAAAAAGAAAUAAAAACCAAGGGCUAUUG